AUGGCCAAAGACCAACUUUCUUGCACAAUGUGCUCUUCUUGUGACAACACUUGUCAGCCAAUUUCACCCCCACCACCUCCUCCUCAACUUUAUCCACCCUCUUCAUCGGGCUAUAUUUGCCCACCCCCGCCACCAGUUUAUGUGUCACCCCCGAACAAUAGCGGGGGCAACAAUGGUGGCGAGGGUGAUGCGAAUGGUAGUGGAAACUAUCCACCACCGACUAAUAACUACCCAACUCCACCACCCCCAAAUCCAAUUAUAUCAAGAAAGAAAGGCAUAAGAGAUAGAGCAGAUGAACAAGUAGUAGUGGAGCAGUAA